AUGACGGAAAGUGUGAUAGACGAUGUCGAGGAUUUUCCGCAGAAGGCACCUAAGGGCCGUGUUGCGCCCCGGUACAUGGGGACGUUGGCUGAUCAACGGGAUAUGAGUGCGCUAGGGCGCGUACAGGUUCUGCGAAGAAAUUUUCGAUUUAUUUCAAUCGUUGGCUUUGGAUGCACUCUCAUUUGUACAUGGGAAGUUAUCUUGACAUUGUUGUCCUCGGGGUUGACUGAUGGUGGCACGGCGGGUUUGAUUUGGGGAUUCAUUGGUGUUUCCAUCGGGUUCACUCUCGUUUAUGCCAGUAUAGCUGAGAUGGCCUCGAUGGCACCGACUGCUGGUGGGCAGUACCACUGGGUGUCGGAAUUUGCUCCACGGCGUGGACAAAAGUUCCUCAGUUACAUCACAGGAUGGCUCUCUGCAAUGGGUUGGCAAUGUGCCAUUGUCUCCAUCGCAUAUCUGGCCGGCACAAUCAUCCAAGGCCUGAUUGUGUUGAAUCACCCAGAGUAUGAUUUUCAACGAUGGCAUGGAACAAUGCUAGUAAUUGCCAUCUCGUCCUUUUCCAUCCUGUUUAACACUUUCUUGGCUAAAAAUUUGCCAUUUGUCGAAGGGUUGAUUCUGAUCAUCCAUGUCAUUGGCCUCUUCGCGAUCAUCAUUCCACUAUGGGUACUGGCACCGCGCAACAAUGUUCAUGCGGUGUUUACUCACUUCAACAAUGGUGGUGGCUGGGAUAAUUCUGGAACGGCGACUCUGGUUGGGCUUUCCACCACUAUCACAUCGAUGCUAGGGUACGACUGUUCCGUUCAUAUGUCAGAAGAAAUCAAAGACGCCUCGGAGACACUUCCCAAAGCCAUGAUGGCCUCUGUAGCAGUCAAUGGCGUACUCGGGUUCAUCAUGUUGGUCACCUUAUGUUUCACCUUGGGCGAGGUCGACAAAGUACUGGAUACUCCGACAGCGUACCCAUUCAUCCAAAUCUUCUACAACACAACCGGCAGUCUCGCAGCUACAAACGCGAUGACAGCGGUCCUGAUAGUAACAUUGACAGCUAGUACCAUCACGGAAGUGGCCACAGCUUCGCGACAGCUAUGGUCAUUCGCUCGGGAUGAGGGCAUUCCAUUCUCAUCCUUCUUCGCAUAUGUUACACCAGGGUGGAACAUCCCUCUGAACUCCGUGAUGGUCUCCCUUGGGGUCACCAUUCUCCUUUCGCUGAUCAACAUUGGAUCACAAGUGGCCCUCAACGCGAUCAUCUCUCUGACCAUCACGUCGCUCAUGUCGGCAUACAUUAUCUCGAUUGGUUGUGUGUUGUUGAAGCGACUCCGUGGUGAAGCACUCCCACCUCAUCGAUGGUCAUUAGGCCGAUUUGGCAUGGCAGUCAAUAUUGGGGCCAUGGCUUUCCUGUUGCCCGUCUUCGUUUUUGCGUUUUUCCCCCUGUCGACAUCCGUGACACGUGAGACAAUGAAUUGGAGCGUGGUGAUGUAUGUUGGCGUCAUUGGAUCGGCGACGAUCUAUUAUUGGGCCAGGGGGCGGCAUCAUUUCGUUCCGCCCGUGGCAUUAAUCCAGAGAGAAGGCUUCUAG